CCCAGACCUUGACAGGAAAGCAGCGCUAACAAACAAAUGCCACUGCAGGAUGAUGUCCAGCUCGCUCCCCAGCUCAAGCAGAUGGUUCAGACCUAAGUUAGCAGAGCUCUGAGUCUGAGUCUACAUAGCUACCUCAACUUCGUUCAAAAGAUUCUUUGUUGCUCGGCAGCGCUCACUUUGUGAGAUGUUUCUACAAGUUUCCCAGUGACGCAUGGGCGUCUAAUUGGCGGGGCGCAAUGGCAACUUUCCAUAAUGGAAGCAGCAUUUGGCCUGACACUGUUCCAGCCAAUGUUUGGGGCUUGGGCGGAGAAUCACUGUGGGAACAGCUCAGCAGUGUUGCAAACUCGCUCCCUCCUGACACCCCUGUCGACGCCCGGUUUGAGCUCAACAUCCGGACAGGGAUCGCUUUGGUUCUGACUUUUGGGUGCGGACUUCUGGCAAAUGCCGCCGGGGUUGGAGGAGGUCCUUUCUACAUUCCUGUUUUCAAUGUCCUUCUCGGCUUCAAUCUCAAGAUGGCCUCAGCACUGUCGCUCACCAUCGUGUCGAGUGGCGCUUUGGCCAGCACGUUUUAUGGACUGCACAAAAAGAGCCCCAGAGAUUGCGACCGGACGCUGCUCGACUUCGACCUUGCACUCACGUUCCUACCAGCACUAUUGUUGGGGGUUAACUUUGGCGUGUUAUUCAACAUCCUCAUCCCGGAAUGGCUACAAACCGCCGUUUUGGUAUUCGUCCUCAUAUUUGUCAUCCGGAGCACCGCCAGAAAGGCUCGUCAGCAAUGGGACCUGGAGCAAGCAACGCUCAAGCGCACCGUCACAGAUUCGGCCGAGUCCGCACUGACCGCCGACGGUUUGCGGCAACCCUUGCUAGACCCUCCAGAUGUCGUCACCGUCACGACCGCAGGGGACGACAUAACUCUAGAACGCAACGACUCCGUCAAAACAUUGACCAAUGGGAGACCAAUCGUGGAGUGCCACGUGACCCCCGUUUUGGAAAACGUGCCACGUGGCACCAAGACGCUCGCGCAGCGCAUCCCCUUCCGGAAGUUUGCGGCGCUCCUGGUCCUCUGGGUUUUGUUUCUGGUCAGCCAGGCGCAGAAAAGCGCCUACCCUCGCUGCACGUGGGAAUACAUGACAGUUUGGGGGGCCCAAGUCGCGGUUCUGCUGCUCGUGGGGGGCUGGCAGAUUGCGCACCAAGUGCGGAAAGCGCGACGGAACGACGAGGACCUGGACCCCGAGAUGCGGGUUAUUUUAUCGCACGGGAGCCUCAGCGGAGGCAUCCGGCGACCUUUUACUGUCCUUGCGCAAGUGGCGGGCGUGAUUGCGACCGCGGGCGUGGGUGCGGGCCUUCUCGGAGUGGGUGGCGCCAUCUUCUUCAACCCGUGGCUCCUGCACCUGGGGGUGCAUCCGCAGGUCACUGUCUCAACCGCGGUCCUGAUGAUCCUCUUCAGCAGCUCCGCGAUUGCGCUGUCGCUCUCCUUCCACAACCUGCUGAACCACAGCUACGCCCUGGUGUUUGCGCCGAUUGCGUUUGUUGCCUCCACGAUUGGAGUCACAGUCGUCGGGCGAUUCGUACGGAAGUCGGGCAGAAGCUCGAUCAUUGUGAUAAUUCUCACCGUUCUAGUUGCUGCUGGAACGGGUACGACGGCCGUGUUCGGCGGCCUGCGGUCUUACGAACAAAUGCGCCGGGGGAGAGGCCUGGAUUUCCAUCCGUUGUGCAGCAGAUAAGCAUCGGAAGAUCGGAAGCGUUUGGGAAAACAUGGGAAUGGUUCGUCGAAAGAAGACGAAGCAUUUGGGAAGCCCUUUCUUUCUUUAAACAUACGUAAUGCUUCGUCCGAAAAAAUGCGUUGUACAUGCAAGGUUUGAUACAAGCACACCGUCUGCUUGCUCUUAGGGCAUUGAUUCGGGGCAACAUAUGCUCGUCGUUGGUAUUAAGAUUUGAUUGUCUAAUUGGCACCAUAACUUUCCACAAUGAACUGAUUGUUAACGUAACAUGGUAGAUUGCAGGAUGUGGCGACCAGGUCAUUAGUAGACAUGUACAAUUAAUGUAGUGAGUCGAUCAUAAAAGACUUAGAAGCCUACAGAUUGUGGGCUUCAUGGCAGGUUAACCGCAGUCUAGCUGGAAUCUGAUUGCUUGGUCGUCAAGUGUAGUGGGAACCAGACGGUGCACGUCUGACCUAUACAUUUCAUGUAGCUCGUAACUUAAUUUGGACUAAUCUGACUGUACGGCCAGGCUUCGGUAGUUCUGUGGGUGGAACUUCUGAUGCCGGUACACACUUAACUUGCAAUUAUGUGUCACUUAGGCCUUGCCAUUCUCAGGCAGGGCAAUCAUUCCGGUUUCUACA